CCUUUUUGAAAACUACCAUCUGGCAUCUCCAGCUGUUUUCGGCUCGGACAUCCCCUCAAACGCAUCUAAACUCUCAUGGAUUGCUCGAGAACGGAACACGAUCCGACUGGGCGGUCUACAACGAACGCAAACCCUUCAAUGCGACCAGGUCCACUAGCACGAGCAUCCACCUGCCUUUUCGCAGCACCGUCACCCAAUUCCAACGGUCACUCAUCGAGCAAUCCCUUUCACAUGCGAAGGUGGAAUCAAGGAAGAUUUCCAACUCACUGGUUACUGAUUCCCAGUUUAUCUUAUGGGAAUACAACCUACGAGAACAUAAUCGACAUUCAUGCCCACGCUCGAUUCCUGGAAACUCAUGCACAUGACUCACGAUGGUUCUUCUGUUCACGUUUUUGAUCAGUUCUCGGUGCGCACUGGCGCUGCUUCGCAAUAGCCUUAGAUAUUCGUGAGCACGGCUCAUAUUACGGGGGAGCGAUGCACAUCGCAAAGGGCGUUUUCGGCGCGAAUCAGACGAGAUUUUUCGGAUAGAGAGAGGCGAGGUAUUAUUGCGGUUGUGGUUCAUAAGAUCCGACACAUUCUUCCAUCGUAAAAGCGUCACUCAGAAUAAUCCAAUGAUUCCCUUCUUCAAGGCUCUUGCAGCAUGCGCUGGUUGAUACUUCUUCUGCAAGUUAUUCUGCUCGCAGGAGUAACCUUUUCAUCAGCAUCAACAACUCGAAACUUGAACCUUCACAGUCUCGAUCGCCGGUCUACAUGCACUUCGGAUGGUCUUUGUAACUCUGGGACCACGGCAGUUCAGUGGGACAAACACUCGUUCGUUGUUCAAGGAAGACGAAUGGUAGUAUGGUCUGGCGAAUUCCAUUUUUGGCGGUUGCCUGUGCCCGACCUUUGGAGGGAUAUUCUACAAAAGUUCAAAGCCGCUGGUCUGAAUACGGUCUCGACGUAUGUGCAUUGGGGAGCGACGAAUCCAACUGAAGGGCAUGUCGAAUGGGACGGAUAUCGGAAUUUUGAACUGUUCAUGGAAAUCGCUCAUGAAGUCGGAUUAUGGGUCAUUGCGCGUCCAGGACCUUACAUCAACGGGGAAAGCUCUGCUGGCGGGAUACCAGGUCGUGUCACCAACAUAGCUGGCUUCCUUCGUUCCAACGACUCUGAUUAUCAUGAAAGCUACCAACAAUACUAUCGCGAGGCUGUCAACAUCAUCAAGCGGCACCAGAUCAGCGAAGGCGGGCCCGUGAUUCUCUUUCAAGUGGAAAACGAGUAUACUAACAACACCGAAUUUGCAACACCCAAUCCUGUCACAAAGAACCAGUACAUGCAAGCUCUUGAAGACAUUCUUCAUGAACUUGGUAUCGUUGUUCCGCUCAUCAGCAAUGAUAGUUAUAUGGGUCGCAAUUUUGCCCCUGGAGUCGGGUUGAGUAUUGGUCAAGUGGACGUUUACGCCAUGGAUGCAUAUCCACAGGGAAGUUGUGCAACUCCCCUUCUUUGGUCAGGGUUCCCUGUAGGUGAUUGGGACUACCACCAGUCAGUCAAUCCCACCCAGCCAUGGUUGAUGCCGGAGUUCCAGGGAGGUAGCUUCCUCGGAUGGGGUCCUGGUUCUCCUACAUACGAAGACUGUAAUGUGUUGACUGGGGUCGACUUCGAGCAAGUGUACUAUUUGAACCAGUUUGCAACGGGUGUGAAGGGACAGAAUAUCUAUAUGACAUAUGGUGGGACUUCCUGGGGCUUCUUUGGUUUCCCCGGUGUAUACACGAGUUACGACUAUGGCGCUAGCAUCGCAGAAGAUCGUACCUUGACCCGCAAAUGGUUCGAGCUCAAGAACCUAGGAAUGUUUAUUCGAAGCGUCGAGGAUGACCUAGCAAGGGUAGUCAACAUCAGUCAGAUCUCAGACGUAACAUCGCCACCCCCUGGAUACACUGAUAACCGCCAACUCUUUGUUACGGAGCUGCGAAAUCCCGAAAACAAUGCUGGGUUCUAUGUGAUCAGGCAUUUGCAGACCAGUUCAUUUGCCAAGACAAGCUCGAAGAUACGGAUAUCUACAUCUGCCGGGAAGUUCACUGUACCACAAACCUCUGAUCUCAUCGUUACCCUCGACGGUCGUCAAUCACGCGUUAUUCUCACCGACCACGUCUAUGGAAAUUCCAGAGUUCUGUAUAGUACUGCGAGCUUGUUCUACUCUGCAACCAUUGGCUUGCGAGACGUAGCAGUUUUCCACGGGCCUGCUGGACAAUCUUUCGAAAUGGCCAUCAAGACAGGGUCCAACUUACUCCGUUUCAGCGGUUCCUUGAAAGUUUCCGUGGACACCAAGACAAUUGCUGGAUAUACUCUGUUGACGUUCUCACCUGCAGUCGGCCAGACAGCUGUUUCGAUUGCGAAUGAUGCUAUCGUCAUCCUCGGCGACGCUUCAGCGAUGGACCUCUUCCACUCUCCUGUCCUCCCAGGACGUGACGGAUCUAUCCAUUUCGGAGUUGGGAGUAAUAAGACUGUGUUAGUGCAGGGGCCGCAUCUGGUUAGGAACGCUACGUUUGACGAGUCGGUGAAGACUAUUCGAUUGAGUGGUGAUACCAAUUCGACAACGCAGGAGACGGUUACCGUGUAUGCGGAUCAGAGUGUCGACUCCGUUGUGUGGAAUGGAAAACAUGUGGAAACGAAAAUUGUUGCUCCGGGUAUUUUAAUGUUUAGAUCGUCUUCUACGCUUGGUACGAUUACGGUACCGGAGCUGAAAGGAUGGAAAUAUGCGGAUGGGCUUCCAGAGGUACAAAAGGGGUAUGAUGAUUCGAAGUGGGUGGUUGCUGAUAGGGAGAAUUCUACGAAUCCGUUUGUGAAGUAUUAUGGGAAGUAUUAUCUGUACGCAUGUGAAUAUGGCUUUUGCGAGGGACCAGUCCUCUGGAGAGGCCACUUCGGUAGCGAAGGGCUGGAGACUGCUGUUAAUCUGAGUAUUACCGGCGGUCGAGCAUUCGCAGGCAGCGUCUGGCUCAAUAAUGUUUUCUUGGGAAGUACGUUUGGCGCUUCCAAUAAUAACAACGUUUCGGCGAUAAUUGAAACUACGAAUAGGACUUAUGCCUUCCCAGACGGAGCAAUUGUGAAAGGACAAAAUAAUGUGAUCACGGUUCUACAUGACAACAUGGGGAUGGAAGAGGCUAGAGCGAAUCAGUUCUCCGAAUGGCUCAAAACCCCGAGAGGUAUCCAAGGCUAUUUCCUACUCAACGCUACUCGCCAACCGACAUGGAAGGUGCAAGGCAAACUCGGCGGCUACUCCAAUUUCCCGGAUCGCGUUCGAGGCGUCAUGAACGAAGGUGGAACUUUCGGAGAACGUGCUGGAUGGCAUCUUCCCGGAUUUGACGAUUCUUCUUGGGAGUCCAGGCCACUUGAACAAGGGUUCUCUACAGCUGGAAUCGGAGUAUUCAGGACCAUGUUUGACCUGGACAUCCCUUCCGGAUCUGACGUAGUGAUAUCGGUCAACUUUCCGCCUUACGGAAACGGAACAUAUCGUGCUUUCUUGUAUGUGAAUGGAUGGAACAUGGGUCGUUAUGUUGCGAAUAUGGGGCCGCAAACCCGAUUCCCAAUACCAGAGGGCAUCUUGGAUUAUCAGGGAACCAAUACGUUGGCCAUUGUCUUGUGGGCGACUGGAUCGUCUGGAGCCCGUGUAGAUUCCCUCAAGCUCAGUGUGGAUCGCGUCACUCUCGGAGGCAUAGGGAAAGUGUCGAAGAACAAUCCAAUUUGGGAGCGACGAGAGGUGUUCUGA